CGUGACGGCACGGUCGCCAGGGGUUUGGACCCGACUGAGCGCAGGGCAAACAAACCAAACGAGCGAGGAAAGUGCGGUGGAGAAAUCAAGUCGUCGGCCACACCGUUGGCUUCGCGCAUACCCAAAGCGCUUCGUCGCCGGCGAUUCCAUCCUCAUCUCCGUCUGCCAGCCGAUCCUGCGGAUUGGUAGUGGUGAUGCCGAGGAAAAGCCCGCCGAAGCACCGCCAUGACGGUACCUCGCCGCUUCCACUUGGCAUGGACUGGAGCCCUCCCCCGAAGAAAUGGGGGGGAAGAAACACUCUAUGGCCACAUGAUCCCAAAACUGGCUGGAGUUACUAUGUCAUGAUUCCUUCUUGGCUUGUUCAAACCGGAUCAGGAGCAUCAAGUGACAGCUUGUGGAAUCCUAUAGUUUUUUACAGGAUCCAAGUUGGUGUGCAAUCUCCUCAAGGAAUUAGUAGUGGCCAUGGCGUGCUUCGUCGGUUCAGUGACUUCAUGAAGUUGAUUUCUGAUCUUAAAAGGGUUUUUCCCAAGAAAUAUUUUCCUCAAUCUCCGCCGAAGCAUGCUCUACUCCGAAUAAAUUCUAAUCGGCAACUCAUAGAGGAGAGAAGGCGUGCAUUGGAGGAGUGGAUGGGUAAGCUUCUCUCUGACAUAGACCUGUCAAGAAGUGCUCCUGUUGCUUCUUUUCUUGAGCUUGAAGCUGCUGCACGUUCAUCUUUUCAGGAUGCUGGUCAACCUUCUCUAGAAACAAGCAUUUCAGGUGCUUCUGCAGAAUUCUCAACAAUAGCUUGGAAGUCUCAAUCAGGAACCUCUGGUGCGACACAAAGCAUUGCAAGUGGAACUUCUGAUUCUGAAACUCUUAGAUAUGGCAGUAAUGGUCAUGUGGUGGUUCAUGAAUUGCCUGACCAAGCGGAGGGUAUAUCUAGCUUACAACAAAUUAAAUACAACUCUGAUGCAGAUGGUUGUGCAUCUUCAAGAAAUUUUUCAGAUGAGAUGAUCCUUUUGAGAGAUAAAAUUGACUCUGCUUCAGAACUGGAUCAUGAAAAGCUUUCUAUUCAUUCUCUAAUGCUUUCAAAUGAUAGUAUUGGGAGUGAUACGGGUUCUAUAAAAGAUAGUGAAUUUUUAAUUCCUAGAGUUACCAGCUUAGUUUGGGAUGAGUCCGUUGAUUCAUCUAGUUGCAUCGAGUUUCCUAUUGCGGAAGCUCUGAGCAACACAGAAAGUCAAUCCCCAAAUGAGACGCAAAUUUUUCUUCCUCUUGAUGAGCGACACAAAAUAACGAAGCUUCUUAAUAUCAUGCAACAUAGACAAAUGGUAGCACAAACAGACAUGGAGGAUCUUAUAGCACGGUUGAACCAAGAAAUUAUGGUGAAAGAGUUCCUUGCAAGAAAGGUAAAGAAUUUAGAAGUUGACCUCAACAGCACUAAGCAGAGAAGUAAAGAAAAUCUUCAGCAAGCCAUCUUACUUGAAAGAGAAAGACUCACACAAACCCAAUGGGCUAUGGAUGAACUUACCCAGAAGUAUCUAGAGUUGGAAACCAAAUUUAAGUUUGAACAGAUUGAAAAAAAUCAUGUUAAGGCAGAAAAAACAAGUGCCGGUAUGUCAGAGCAGGAGCUGGUUACCAAGCAAGAACAAAUAGAAAAAUUACAGAGACGUCUGGAAGAGCUGGAGAAGGAUUCAAAAACAGAUAUUAAAGUUCUUGUGAAAGAGGUUAAGUUUCUCAGGAACUCUCUAUCAGAGUUAAAGGAAAAGCUAAACCAGGCUGCGAAUGAUAAUGCUGAAUUGGAGACAACUCUUCUAAAUGUGAAGAAAAAGGGCGCACAUACAAAUUUUGCAAGGAUGAAUCUUAUUCAUAAAUGUGAAACUCUACGCCACCGGCUUCAAGAAUGCAAAGUUAAUUUCAUUGCUGAAGCGGAAGAUAGGCUUACUGUCAGUCUCUCAUCAUUUCCAGCUGCUUUAGAUCUUCUGGCAACUUCAGAUAAUAGAAUUGACCUCCUUAUUGCAGAGGUACAGUUACUUGCUCCAGAUCAUGAGGAACUGGUUUCUGACCAGGUACAGAGUAGAACAUCAGAAUCCUCGAGAGAUGUAAUUGCUAUCAAUGGUGAUGAUCAAAGCGCUGGCGAGGAAGAGAUGAAAAGAGUUCUUAUAGGCACAUUAAUAGACAAUGCAAGGUUGAGGAAACAGCUUAAUUCUGCUUUUCGCUGUGCUCUCAAAACAGAGAUGGAUGAAGGCGAUCAAGUUCCAUCCAGGACUGCUAAACAGGAUCCUGGGGAGAGGUAGAAUUCCUUACAUCCAUAAACCGUAAAUCGUAGCUUUCUACGCCUAGCAAACUACAUAGGAUUGGAUCAUGCCUUGAGAACUCUGACUUUAGGUUAGCUUUUGAACAAUCAGCAUUGUUAAUCUAUAUACGAUUUCCCUCAAACAGAGCCAGUAAUGAUCUAUCAAA